AUGACUGGAACUAACAGCGCUUCUACUGCGCCAUUGCAGCGUGUCGCUUCGCAGCCUGAGAACCCAUACGCCCAGCUUAUCGAAGAUCAAUCAAUUGCAAUUGUUCCUUCCUUCAAGCUCGAGUCCGGUGUCACGCUAUCCAAUGUCCCAGUCGCAUACACUACCCGAGGCACUCUGGCCCCUAACGGAGACAAUGUGCUGGUGAUCUGCCAUGCCCUCAGUGGCAGCGCCGAUGUCGCUGACUGGUGGGGUCCCCUCCUCGGCGGUCCGGGUCAGGCAUUUGAUGUCUCCCGGUUCUUCGUCGUUUGCCUGAACAGUCUUGGUAGCCCUUACGGAAGUGCCAGCGCCGUUACCCACAAGGAUAACAACCCUGAAAAGGGCUAUUAUGGACCUGAGUUCCCCCUAACAACCGUUCGCGAUGACGUCAAUAUUCACAAGUUGGUCUUGGAUGACCUCGGUGUCAAGCAGAUUGCCGCAGUGGUCGGAGGUUCCAUGGGUGGAGCGCUCACCCUGGAAUACGCGUUCUUCGGCAAAGACUAUGUGCGCGCCAUUGUGCCCAUCGCAACUUCAGCGCGUCAUUCCGCUUGGUGUAUCAGCUGGGGAGAGGCUCAGCGACAGAGCAUCUACAGCGACCCGAAAUACGACGACGGUUACUAUGCAUUCGAUGACCCUCCCUCUACUGGUCUUGGCGCGGCUCGCAUGUCAGCACUUCUCACCUACCGCAGCCGCAACUCCUUCGAGUCUCGCUUUGGUCGUAACGUGCCCGACCCAACCAAGCGCCUGAACAUCAAUGGCACCGAGAGACAGCCUAGCCCCCCGAACGAGCACUGGGCCAUUCAUAACGAUGGUCACCGCGGUGGAUCGCGGUCGGAGAGUCGUCAAGGUUCACCUGCCCCUCAAACCGAAUUCAUGGAUCCUCAGUUCUCUGGCACCAAGACAUUCGCGCCUGAGAUCGAUGAGAAGCCCAAGUUGACCCCAUCUGGCCGUCCUCGCCCUCCUACUUAUUUCUCGGCGCAGACUUAUCUCCGUUACCAGGGCGACAAGUUUGUAAAGAGAUUCGAUGCCAACUGCUACAUCGCCAUGACUCGCAAGCUUGACACCCACGAUGUAUCCCGUCACCGCACCAACCCUGCGACCGCUGAACAGGACACAGUUCUUGAAGCCCUCGGUGGUAUUCAACAGCCUGCUCUCGUGCUGGGAAUCGAGUCGGACGGUCUGUUCACAUUUGCUGAGCAGCAGGAGAUCGCCGAUGGUAUUCCCGACUCCCGCCUGAAGCGCAUUGACAGCCCGGAGGGCCACGACGCCUUCCUCCUUCAGUUCGAGCAAGUCAACCGCCACAUCCUCGAGUUCUUCCGCGAGGUCCUGCCGGACAUCAUGGCGAAGCCUGGUGUCGAUGGCGCCGAAGCCUUGGCCAGUGUCGCCAAGAUCACGAAGAGCAGCACCUUUGGCGAAGCCGAGGUCGAGGACAUCACCGCUUGGUAA